GGGUCGAAGGACAAGGCUGCAAUUGUCUGGAAUAUUCAAGAUGGUCGAGUACUUCUACGUCUGGAAGGGCACGGCGGUCCGAUCACGAUGGUCACAUAUGCUCCUAAUGGCGCGCUCAUUGCUACUCAUCCUGUUAAAGGCAAAUACGUGAAGGUUUGGAAUGCAACGACUGGAGAGUGCCUGCAUACUUUCAGCUUUGACGAAGAAAUAUUCGAGUUCGCCAUCUCCGCGGAUAGCUCACGUCUUUGCGCCCAAAAAAGGAAGUCUUGCCUCAUCUACGACCUACACACGUAUACGCACAUUGCUACAUUACAACAUCAUGUGGGCACGGAAAUUUUCUGGUCGGUCUCUCAUCAAGGAGAUCGUUUAGUCACCACUGCUGGAUCGGGGUCAAAUGAGAUAAAGAUCUGGAGCGCGGUGACUGGCGAAGACCUUCUCACAAUCAAACACUCAGAAAACCUUUCAUAUGUCGCGACAUUCUCUCCAGACGGCGCCGAGGUGUUGGUGAAUUGUAGUUUGGACGGAGCCACUCCUACCUAUGACUCACGGACGGGCCAGCCACGUCGCGCCUACAACUUACCAGAGAGGGCAAAUCGUGCAGCGUAUUCUCCAAAUGGGGACUGCCUUGUUUUGCGCCCCUACUUCGAACCUCUUGAAGCUUACGAUACAAAAUCCGCAGCAUUUCUCGCGCAGCUCGAGGUUGGUGGAGAUCAAGAUGCUGUCAUGGAGAUUCGAUUUCUUUCUGACAGCCAAACUCUCGUCACACAAUUAGACAGUGGACCUUUACUUUUGUAUAACAUUCAGGAUAUACUGCGACUGCGGUAAUGUAGUGUUUGCGUAGCAAUGCUUGGCUCGGAAACUAUGAUCAAUAUGAUGCAAAAGA